CAGUGGCUUAGCGUGAUGAGCAGCGUUGAGCAACAGCAAUUGCAGCCAUACAAUAUGGCUGACAUGGAAACGCCAGACGCUCCAGCUGGACGUUUGGUGGAUAGUGGCGAGGGGAUUAAUAAUGCUGUGUCCAGCGUGGAAGUAGCGACGGGAUCUGAUGUAGUGUGCAGAAGUACCAAAACCAGUAGCAAUGCCAAUUCCUUCCGGAUUGAAGCACUGCUAGCCAGUAAGGAGCAUGAAAACACCAACAGUACAGGGACGGAUCUGUCACCGAUACGUUCCAAGGCGAGCACGGUGGAUUUGAAUGGGGGAGAUGGGUUUAAUGCGAGCGAUGAUCGCCACUCAAGAUCCGAAUCCACCUUCUCCUCUGACUCGUGCUCAUCGAUCAACCCGGGCAGUGUGGAACCGCAGGAUAUAGACGACUGUGCGAUGAAUCAAAUGGCAAAAUCGUCUUCACCCAACCAACACGACUAUCUGCCCUUCUACAAUCUUUGCCCAUCGCAGGUGAUCUUCACCUCGAACGCAUCCACCUUCGACACACAUCCUGCUGUGUGUAAUAAAAGCAUACCGGUCGACGCUGGGAAUCGGUUCCAUUUCAUGCAGCUACCUCAGCUAGAGCUUCUAAGGCACCAUAACAUCUACUAUCCUCGAAUCACGGAGCUUACAGGACAAAACUCAGUAUACGGCAAGGCGCGACGGCCCCGGACGGCGUUCACCUCCCAACAGCUGCUCGAGCUGGAAAAGCAGUUUAAAGUCAGCAAAUAUUUAUCACGCCCGAAACGGUACGAGGUGGCCAACAAUUUACUGCUCUCCGAAACACAGGUUAAAAUUUGGUUUCAAAAUCGGCGCAUGAAGUGGAAACGGUCCCGGAAGGUAAAUGAGUCGAAAAAGUACAGCAGCAAUGGCGGCAACAGCAGCUCCAACAACAAUAAUAACAAUAACACCACCACCAACAGUGGCAGCAACAGUAGCAGUAACAGCAGCACUAACAGUAGCGGUAGUAACAUUAGUAACCAUAGUAACGGUACGCUUGGGUCGAGUAACGUUACCACUAACAACGCUACGGCAAACGCUGCCAAUGGUAGCGGUGGUGGUGGUUCACUAUUGCUCGGAAGUGCCAAUAAAACAUCCACCACCGAGCACCACCAUCACCACCACCACAGCCGAACCGCUGGCGAUCCGGGACGGGGCGACAAAUUGUCCUGCCUGCUGGAUCAUCCGAAGGAUAAGCGUGACGGCAGUAUCACCGGCAAACAGCACUCGACGACGGCCCUCUUUGUCAAUCAGCAGUUUCAAACGGUCGGUGGUGGUGGUGGUGGGGCGGCCAGUCCCAACGACAUCGUUGGCGUCGGACCGGCUUUGUUUGCAUGUGAUCCACCGAAUGGUUUAAGUUUUCGGCCUUAUGUAACGUAA